ACCAUUUUUGCCGUCGCCCCUUCACACGAGAUUGUGUGGUUUCUUGGUUUGUUUUUUGCGACGGCUGAGAUCGAAUCUCGCCAGGUUUGGCACGCUCAUCUGUGGUGGCGGCCUCAAACACUAUAUCGGCGGGAAGUCAAUUCGGCUUUUGAGCACUCUUUGUUUGGCCACAAGCUGUCCAUAGCUCUCUCCUAGCUGGCGCCACGGCGCAUCCUCUCUGAGAUGCGGAAGCGGUAGCCGAUGGCACGUGCGCCUUACGUCAUGCUCUGGACGUGCUGGACGGUGCACCACGUCACCGCCCGACAGUGAUUAUCGAACGAUAGGAGGUCUCGCCUGCCCUGGACGGGAUGAGUUUCAGUGCGCGGUUGCAGUCGUCGCAAUCACGUUUUACGCCAUCGCCCUCGUUGGAACGCUCCCCCCUCACACUUCCCCCCUCACACGUCGUCCUUCGAACCCCUCACCUAUUCUCACGAACCUGUGACGACACAGACCACCACUGCGAGUCGUGCAUCGAACUGCAACAUCCGCGAUUGUCACCGAAGCCCAGCAUCCGCCUUGAACGUGACGAGGUUGAUUUAGCCGAACAAUUACACCCCGCGUAGCGCAUCAACUGAAACAUCAUCGACGCCGAAGCACGCUUCCAACGCCAUCAUGGGUGUCGCGUCCGCUAUCCUCAUCGUCCUCAUCACCAUCCUCUUCCCUCCCCUGGGAGUGUGGGCAGUGGCAGGAUGUGGCAUGGACUUGCUCAUCAACAUUUGCCUGACGAUCCUCGGCUAUCUACCCGGUCAUAUUCACGCCUUCUAUCUCGAGUACAUCUACUAUGACCGUCGAGAGCAGGCCCACGAGGGGCGCUACCCAACCAGCCGCGCGCCUGGCGUCUACUCGGACAACGUGCAGACGGGCGGCCAAGGAUACGGCACCAUCGUGCAGCCGACCCGCUAAGAAGAUGGCGGGCGUCCAAGGGAGCACGCACGACCUGCGGUUCUUAUGGCCCGGCGAGAUAUGCGAAAUGUGGCUCGCUAAUGACGGUGGGCUGGAGUAAUGAUGGGCCACGAGAGUAGCAUUGGAGUUGGGCUUUGGGCGUUGAAUGAAUGUCUGGGUUCUCUUUCAACAUGGCGCCGACCUUGUUUUAGCUUGCGUGGUAGUCUAUUCAACGGGUCCCGUCGUCGUGCAGAGCGGCGGGCUAUACUUUUCCCUGCUUGGCCAUGUUGUGGUGUUUCGCCGCAGCUCGUCAAGUCCAACGUGGAUGAAUCCUAUUGCAUGCCCAUUGAUAUAUACGGCGGUGAAGCCGCGUGUGGUACGUAUGCGGGAAAUUGACUCGACCCUGACUCGACGGAUCGGAGCGG